CUAGCUGUUGCUCGUGUUUGAUUCGGCUUGUAGCCAUGGCUCGGUUCGCUGCCUUACUGCUUUUACCUGUUCUCAUUGAAUCGGUAUUUUCGAUUUCUUUCUUUCUACCGGUAAAUUCAAGGAAAUGUCUACGGGAAGAGAUCCACAAAGACGUGCUCGUCACGGGGGAGUAUGAAAUCAGCGAACAAUCCAACACCAAAACCAACCUGAAGAUCACAGACUCGUCAGGACACACCCUCUACUCAAAGGAAGAUGCAACGAAAGGGAAGUUUGCCUUCACGACAGAGGAUUAUGACAUGUUUGAAGUGUGCUUUGAGAGCAAGUCCCCAAUGGGAACUGGGAGAGUCCCAGACCAGCUGGUUAAUCUGGACAUGAAGCACGGCGUGGAGGCCAAGAACUAUGAAGAGAUCGCCAAGGUGGAGAAGCUGAAGCCCCUGGAGGUGGAGCUAAGGCGGCUGGAAGACCUAUCAGAGUCCAUCGUCAACGACUUUGCCUACAUGAAGAAGAGAGAGGAGGAGAUGAGGGACACCAAUGAGUCCACCAACACACGCGUCUUGUACUUCAGCAUCUUCUCUAUGUGCUGUCUGAUUGGCCUGGCCACCUGGCAGGUCUUCUACCUACGACGCUUCUUCAAGGCAAAGAAGCUCAUCGAGUAGAGGCACCACCACUCCGCCCAGGGGGGGAGCAGCCAAUGCUACCCGACCAACCUCCACCCUCCUCGGACUAACUUCAGCAAAUGUAUAGCUGUGUCCGAAAUAGCUGGAAGAGCUAGAGAUCCGCACGCUGUCAAAAAAAUGAAUAAAUCCAAAUCUGAGGCAAAACAGGAAUAAUUGUAGUCCUUUUAUUGGACAGUGUGCCGGUCUCCAUCUCUUCCAGUAUUCUUAUUUUGACCCUUACACACCUGGAACCAGCACUAUUCAGUAGUAAGGACCUUAAAAGAGCGCAGAAGGCCUCGUAUAAUUCAUAUUUAUGUGUCCUAAAUGCCACCAUAUUCCUUGUAUAGUGCACUACUAUUUACCAGAGCCCCCAUAGGCUCUGAGCCCCAUAGGCUCUGGUCAAAAGUAGUGCACUGUAUAUAUCGAAUAAGGUGGCGUUUUUGGACGUACCCAGUAAUGACGACAAAGGGUUUGAGCAGCGCGAGGUUUCAGGGGCGUGGUGGUGUGAGAGGGCACCAAAGGGUUGCCUAUUCUCUGAAAGCCAUGUACACCUGGGACACAUUCAGCGGAGUGAAACAUUUAAAAAAUACACAAAAAAAAUACAGGUAGAAAUAUACAAAAUGUAGAAUAUACAUCCAUGAGUGAGACAUGCAUGUCUGUUCUGUGUUGCAUUUCUAUCUGCAAUUUUUUUCAACUUUUGCAUCCUGCUGAAUAAGCACCUGAUGCUUUGAUGAUCGGUUGUCAUUUUUAAUGUGUAUAGUUUGAUUUGGAGUUUAAUUUUGUUGGGAUGAAUGGAUGCACCCUCGUCUAUUGCCCUUUAUUGUUGUACAAAAUCUUUGCCAUGCCGAGUGAGCUAUUGGAUGUAGGGUUUGGCCCAAAUAGCACCCUAUUCCCUAUAGAGUGCACUACUUUUGACCAGAGCCUUAUGGGCCAUGAUCAAAAGUAGUGCACAAGUUUAGAGAAUAGGGUGCCAUUUGGGCUAUAGACUCUAUUCUUGGUGCCCUUUUUAAGUGAAGGCUUCUAUGAACAGCAGGUGGAAUGUGUUUAUAACUCGAAAGAGAAACUAUGGCAACCACUGAACUUUUGUGUUUUGUCAGUUAAUUAAUUUGCAUACAUGUUUGCUAGCUAAAUUUGAUAGUUUAUUUCAGUUUGUUUUGAUAUUGUAAAUGCAGGGCAGGUAUUUUGGGGGAGGGGGGUUUCAUAAGUUCAGGGAAAGAGUGGUUGUCUCAAAUAGCACCCUAUUCCCUAUAUAGGCCUAGUGCAUUACUUUUGUACUGCACUAUAUAGGGAAUCGGGUGCUAUUUGAGAUGCAAGAAAUAUAAUCUUGAAAACUAGGUCAUUUCUAGCAGAACCAUUGCACGCUUUUAAGUUGUUUUUAAAAGAUGUACAAAAGAUCUGAAUAUGUUAUAAGCCAAGCAGGGCCUUUUGAAAAUGACUUCUCUUCCUCUUUUGAGACCCAUUGAAUCCACACCUACCAUCCAAGAUCCAUCCAGCUUUCUUUUGGAGAUAAUUCUGGGGUUGGUUGAAAGAUAAUUCUGGGGUUUGGGUUACAUGAGGAUUUGGGGUUGGUUAAAAGAUAGUUCUGGGGUUUGGGUUACAUGAGGAUUUGGGGUUGGUUAAAAGAUAGUUCUGGGGUUUGGGUUACAUGAGGAUUUGGGGUUGGUUAAAAGAUAGUUCUGGGGUUUGGGUUACAUGAGGAUUUGGGGUUGGUCAAAAGAUAGUUCUGGGGUUUGGGUUACAUGAGGAUUUGGGGUUGGUUAAAAUAUAAUUCUGGGGUUUGGGUUACAUGAGGAUUUGGGGUUGGUCAAAAGAUAGUUCUGGGGUUUGGGUUACAUGAGGAUUUGGGGUUGGUUAAAAGAUAGUUCUGGGGUUUGGGUUACAUGAGGAUUUGGGGUUGGUUGAAAGAUAGUCCAGCUAGUUUUUGUCACUGUUACACCACUGCAUAAUCUAAUUACAGUUUUUUAAAAUACUUUGGUGCAGUUUUCACAAGUAUGUGGUACAUUUCCAAAACUCUUAGUACAAAACAGAUCAUCAAAAAGCCAGUUGUUUCAAAACUCUAAACACAUUUUCAAUUGACUAAGUACUACACAAAUUCAUAGUCACUCUUUCACCAAACUUAAUCAGUGUUUCAUUUAGAAAUACGUUUCACAUUGCAAUACAUGUUAAUAUAAAGUAAUUGCCUUUCACAAUGCAAUGCUCACAUUACUUUUGUUAAAAUACAUUUUACUAUUACUUAAUCCAACUGCUCUUAAUCACUGAUCACUUAAACGUUUGGUAAACCUAUAGAACGUUUGGUAAACGGAUAGAUUUUACAUGUAAACUGGUUUGUCUACUACAGAUUUUGAGAACUAAAUAAUGAAAAUGGAUGUCUGUAAAGUAGAAACAUAAAAAGUAUGCUAUAUAUAUAUAUAUAUAUACUCAAAUGUACUACAAUGACUAUGCAGCAAAAUGCUUGAGUUUCUAGCUCCUACAGUGCAGUAAUACAAUAACAAUACGCAAAUAAUCCAGAAAGUCCAAAACAAUAAAUAAAUGCUUCACUAAAAUUG